AUGGCCAACACCGACGCACGCGCAAUGUCAGAGCUAGAUCACGACCAUGAUCACAGCUCAGAAGAACCUGAUGAUCUCGACAAUGCCAAGAAACCUGGCAGGAAACAGAACCCAGAUGCUCAGCAACAAAGACGCAUUCAGAACCGUGUAGCUCAGCGUGAGUUUAGGCUAAGGAAACAACAACGGAUCCGCGACCUCGAAGCACGCGUAGAGAUGCUCUCCGCCGGCCAGGGCCAAGGCUACGAGCAAAUGCGCAACAUCCUCCGUGCCAUCAUGGCGGAGAAUCACCAUCUCCGGGGCAUCAUCCGCCAACUCACCGAAUUCAUGGCUGAGGGUGUAGGCGGGUGCCUGCCCAAGAUGGGCUACACCAAAGAGAGCUUUGACGAGCUUGUAAAUCGUGGAGAGACCGAUACGGCUUUCUAUGCGUACGAUGCAUACAAGAAAUCGCGCGGAUCUAGUCAGCCGGGGUCUGGCAACCUCCCGCAGCUAUCUGCGAUCCUCCCGGAGGCGGGCGAUGGGCCAAAUAAGAAACGCAAGAGGGCAGAAACCGACACGACUGAAGAUGUGAACUCAAAUGACACCCCCUCGACAUCCCCUCCCAUCGCUUCCAAUCUCACGUACACCACCAACGGCGUCUCCUCCCCCAACGCGAUGCAGACGUUUUCGGCACUCCUUGAUGGCGGGUACAGCGGACAGUCGUACAAUACUUCCCAAUCGUUGUCAAAUUCCCAGAUGCGUGCAAAUACUGUGCCCCAGUACGGGUUACAGAACGAGUCGAUGAUCCCGCGCAACUCGAACAUCUUCGGCGCAUUCAAUGGUUAUGAAACGUAUAACCUCCCGCCGCCGCCACCACCCCAGGAACCGCAGUUGAUGCAACUUGCCCGCGACUCAGCAGAGAACACCAUGCUCCUGAACAAUGUGGAGACUGCUAUCGAGGCCGCGAACCCGCGGCAGCUCGAGGCGGGCAAGCUAAUCAAGUACCACCUGAGCAAUUACAGGAAUAACCACAAUUACUGUCUGCCGAUAGCUCUCCGCCCCACCCUUGUGCAGCGCACGAUCGCGCACGGUACGUCCCAAAAUUCUGUUUCUCAGUUCCCUUCCCCCGCGCCGACGCCGGUCCCCUUCGCUAUCUCAUCCCCUUCCUCUUUCUCUGCGCCUUCCUCCUCUGCUGCUUCCAUCAUCUUCUCCGCUCCUUCUCCCGCCUCGCUGCGGCACCCGAUCAUUGACGGCAUCCCCGCGCCUGUCAUGCGCGAUCGGAUGAUCCUUCUCAAGGGACGGUAUGAUCUUGUCGACUGCAUGCACGAGUUCCUCAAGGGUAUCACAAUACAUGGCGAUGAUGUACUAGCAUAUACGAACUGGGAGGUGUCGGAAGUAUGGUUGAAGAAGUAUGGAUUCCUCGUCGACGAAGCGACUGUCACUGCUAUCAACCGUUGGCGGAAAGAACGCGGCGAGCGCGAGAUCAUGUACGAAGACCUACCAACGAUGGAGGAGCAGCCCCAGAUGCCUGUGCAACCCUACGGCGCAGGCCAGCAAACGAUUGGUUCCAUCUAG